AUGGUUCUUCCCAGGGUGAAAAGAGCUCUGUGUCUAUCGGUCGGAAUAUUUCUGCUUGCGACAGGAUGUGUUUUGAUUCCAGUUUUCAAGCAUAUCAUACACCAAACCGUUGCAAAGGAUGUGCCUCUGGUAAAAGGUUCGCUGACCUAUGAUGACUGGGUAGUUCCACCUAUACCCGUGUAUUACCAGUUAUGGGUAUUUGACCUUGUAAAUCCCCUAGAGGUCAUUGCAGGAGCCAAACCGUAUGUUGUACAGAGGGGACCAUAUACAUACAGGGAACACCGGAAGAAGUACAACAUCACGUUUGAACCAAACGGCACAAUCACAUACCGACAACUUCACUGGUACACGUUUGAUCGGAGCAAGUCUUGUGGUCCGGACAGUGACAAAUUCACAACCGCUAAUGUUCCUUUAAUGACGGUAGGUAACAUGGUCCGCUUUGAGUACCCCUGGGUUCAGGAACUCGUCGACUUAGUCCUCAAAGCUACGAAAGACAGUGACCUGUUUCAGCAAUAUAGUGUGAGAGAUAUCGCCUGGGGCUACGAGGAUCCACUCCUAAAGGCGGCCAAGGACAUUGUGGGGCGAUACAACAUCUCUAUUGACGACAAAAUAGGGCUCUUUUACGGGACGAACGACACUGAUGAUGGACUCUACAACAUACAUUCGGGAGGUGAUGACAUCAGCAAGUUGGCCAUCAUCAACAAAUGGAAUGGAUUGACGAGGCUUCCGUACUGGUCUACAGACAGAGCAAGAAUGAUCAAUGGCACGGAUGGAACGUUUUUUCCGCCAUUUGUUGACAAAUCUUGGACAAUGUAUGUGUUCCAAACGGACAUUUGCAGGUCUCUGUAUCUAUACUACAAGGAAAUGAAGACAUUACGUGGUGUUGACCUGUACAGCUUUGUCCUCCCAGAUCGUGUGUUUGAAGCCUUGUCUGAGAACGAUGGCUUCUGUACUCCAAAUGCGGAUAAUUGUUUACCUGCGGGUCUGCUCAACGUCAGCAAUUGCAAAGAAGAGUUCGCACCAAUAGUUGGUUCUCAGCCCCACUUCUACGCAGCUGAUCCAUCUGUACAACAGGCUGUGGAAGGACUUAACCCUAUACCUGGGGAACACCAAACUAACAUUGAUGUAGAACCGCACACCGGCAUCGUUAUGAAUAUAGACAAGAGGCUUCAGGUCAAUUUGUUCAUACAUAAUAUUAGCCACAUCAGUGCCACCAAAAACUUUAACCGUCUUGUCUAUCCAAUUUUGUGGCUAAAUGAGAGUGCUACUCUAGACGGGAAGCUGGCUAAUAUGUUUAAAACCAAGGUUGAUAUUCCCAUAAAGAUUACACAGGCUGUUCAGUAUGGGUUAAUAAUACUCGGGACACUCAUAGCUCUGUGUGUAGUUACCUUCAUGGUCAAGGAGUGUAACGACAGAAACAGGAAAAUACCUUAUAAGAGAAUGGCUGGCAAGACAAACAAUGAUAAGCCUGAAUCGAGGACGGAAAUAGUUAAUGAAAACCGAGAUCGUGUUCAUGCUCCUGAACAGGAUUCAUAA